AUGUUAACCAACACGGUCAUCCGAAAGCCGCAAGUCAUCGCUGAUCCAGUUUGGGAUGUUUCGAUGUCUAAAUCCCGGGUCUGGGGUUGUUGGCCUACCGGGAGAACGGCAGGGACCGACGCAAGAAACGGGGAUUUCAUGUCCAGGGCCGCCCUUUGGCACAUCUGCAAGAUUGUAAGCGCCGAUCUGGCCGAACAGCCCGGAGUUCACUAUGGGGAAAUCUAUAAAUACUGCUGUGGCCGCAGUAGCAUUACCGGAGAGAUCGUGGCAGAAAAUCCUUUUCAGGAGCCAUUCAGGGAUCAAGGAAAGGCAGAUUUCUUGAUCGAAGAUGUUGGACGCGAGGAAGGUAUCUACGACGAUGUUGAUCUAUUUGGUUGGGCGAGACAGGACAUCGAUUCCCUCUGCACUAGACAUUACUACAUAUUCGAGAGCUUCAAUGGCGCUCGCAACACCCCGACUACUAUCACACAUUUUCCUCUGGAGUUCUUUCCACCAAGAUUUUUAAAGAGAUCCCCCAAAGUCAAUAACGCCAUCGAAGAUUACAUACUUGGCUCCAUAGUUGUUGGUGAUACAUUUACCCUCAUUGUUUUUGUCAAUAGAUUGGAUUGGCGUUUUGCAUACGGUGUGCCGCUCGAGAUCGCCAUGCCUCCAAGUAUUAUCGAUCUUCGUUUAAUUUGUGCUGGAGUGGGAUAUACAUUGUUCCAUUUUAUGGCUGGGAGGAAUUGGAACAUGAGACUCGGGAUCCGCAGUGCAGAAGUUGAGUUUACUCUCUAUCAUGGAACUUUUCAGUUCGACGGGCAGAGAAUUUUAAUUCCCGGAUUUAUAUUAAAACUGUGCACUCCGGAUACCAUCCAACUUUCUCCUACUUCAUUCUGGCCUCCAAAGCUUUCACAUCAAACCCAUGGCCAACGCAAUGCGAUGCUAUGGAAUACCGGUGAAACCGGCAUCGAUAACGGCGAUUCCAGGUGA